GAUUCCAACACCACCACCACAAUUGAAUGUUCUAGGACAAAAGUAGACGUCAGCAUAGCCUGACUGUGAUUUCAGGAUGCCUCGAAAACGCUGGAUUGACAAGAAGCAAGCACAAACAUUUCAACUUCUCUACCGUCCACAAGACGACCCUGCACUUCACGAUGAGUCUGCCGGUGAGCGAGCACUAUAUCAGAUCUCGGGGGCUGGCAGCUCUUCUCAGAAACCCAUCCCUCGGGAACUGCAUAUAGACGACUUGGAAGAUGACUUGGACUUUGAGAACAUGCGAGAGAACGAAGGAGAAGCAGCCGAGCACGGAGUUUAUUUUGACGAUACCACGUACGACUAUAUGCAACAUCUUCGAGAUAUCGGCCAAGGCGGUGGAGAGUCACAUUUCAUCGACGCCACUUCACUGGCCUCGAAAGGAAAAGCAAAGGUGAAGCCGAUAAAAUUGGAGGAUGCACUACGAGAGGUCUCGCUGGAUGAUGGGAAGAGUGUCGCCGACAGUGAGAUGUUGUCAACGUUUUCUACCUCCACCAGACCAAGGACGUAUCAGAACCAGCAAGAUGUUCCUGAUGAAAUCGCCGGAUUCCAACCAGACAUGGACCCGAGAUUAAGAGAAAUCCUCGAGGCUCUAGAUGAUGAUGCAUACGUCGACAACGAGGACCAGGAGGAUUUGUUCGGCUCACUAGCAAAGGAGGGUCGAAUGGGCGAACUUGAUCUUGCCGAAUUUGAGGCAUCAUAUGACGAAUUUGACGACGAUGGUUGGGAAUCUGAUGCAACAGAGAAAGCCCCAGAACAACCUAUGGAAAUCAAACUCCCAACUAGUGCUCCGACUACCGAAGGAUCAGGCGAACAAGGAGAUCAAAACACAUUGGAUGCUGAAGCCGCUGCGGCUGAAGAUGGAGACUGGUUGCGCGACUUUGCACGGUUCAAACGUGACGGAGCGAGAAAGCCGCCUCCACAGGCUGCCGAGUCCAUCAUCGCUGCCUCAGCGGUCCACGAUAGAGCAGCUUCUUUAUACACCCUCAACGGCACACCUCUACGGCAGAAGAAGCGAAAGGGUGCUCUGACCAACCCAUCAGCAUAUUCCAUGACUUCUUCAUCACUCGCACGAACUUCAGGCCAGCAAUUACUUGACGCCCGGUUUGACCAGGUGGAGAAGAUGUAUGCUCUGGAUGAGGGAGACGAGUUUGAUGAUAUGGAUGGUGGCAUGUCACUGGCGUCUGGAAUGACUGGGCAAUCCAAGAUGUCGCAACUCUCCACCACGAGCUUUGCAGAUGAAGGUGCUGUGAGAGACGACUUCAAUGGCAUGAUGGAUGACUUCUUGGGUGACUGGAACAAAGCCAAUCCUGGUGGGAAACGCAAAGGCGCCAAGGGCAAGAGGGGCAAGCACGGAAAUGAAGUGUAUGGUCUGCAGCAACUGGAUGAGGUUCGUGCAGAACUCGGUCCAGCUAGACUGGGUCGACGGCCACAAAAGACAUGAUUGCGAGGUUGUGACGACGGAAAUGACCCUGGUGUCGGUGCUGGGCGCAUACGGAGUACCGAGACAAGACGAGACGUGAUAGAUACCCUGGGAUUUGGCAAAUAAGAACUUUGAGAUUUUCUGACUCAAGA